AUGAGGACACAGAAAAAUCCCUGCCCGGCAGACAAAGUUUGGCCGGAAAAGCACAAAUCCCAGGAAUCCGAGCGGGAAACGGCUCCGACUCCUCCGGAGGAUCCCGACGGCUCCCAAAUCAACGGGAUCUGCCCCGAGGAAUCCGAGGAAUUCAAGGGAGACCUCAAGAAAUCCCGGAAUGGCAAAAAGCAACGGAAAAGGAAACGCUCGCCCAAGGCCAAAAGCGGUGGCGCCGAUUCCCAGCUGGAAUUCCUGUUGGGAAUGUCGGCCGAGCGCGUGUGGUUCGACAAGCCCUUGUACGACCGGGCCGAGAGCGUCUACCGGAAAAAAAUCAUGGAUUCUUGGAGCGGGGAAGCGCCGGAGAGUCGAGGAAUCCCGGAGGAAUUCCCGGCGGCUCCUGGGGCUAAAUCCAGCCCGGAUAUUCCCAAAUCCAAGGGAAUCUGCUCCCAUGGGAAUUUGGCCGCCUGUCACCACGUUGUCCAAGGGGUUUGGCUCAACAAGCCGGAUUUCGACAGAGCCGAGGGGAAAUUCAUGGAGAAAUCCCGGUUUUUCCUCCUUCCUCCCGACGUCUUGAGCGUCCCGGCCCGGAAUUCCGGGCUGGGAACGCCGGACGAAGGUUAUGGCACCGCCCUGCCCACUCCGGCCACGCCCUGCUUGGCUCCGCUUAUUCCCGACUCCGGCAUUCCCGGCGUUCCGGACGAGCCGGUGAACGGCAAGCCGCAGUUUUCCAACCGGGAAGCGCUGGCGGCGGAAGUGUGGCUGGAAAAGCCCCGCUACGAUGCUGCCGAGAAGAACUUCUACGAGAGGAUGUUUUCCAGGAAUAUCCCGGAGAAAAUCAUGGAGAAGAACCAGAAAGCCGGGAAUCAGUCGGGAAACGGCGCCGAGCCGGUGAUUCCCGGUAUUCCCGAGGAUAUUCCCGCCUGUUUUUUCCUGCACCGGGACAGCGAAGCCGGUUGGCUCCAAAAGUCAUCCUACGACCGAGCCGAAUCCCGGUUCUUCGCCCUGGAAGCUUCCAGAGCCUCAGGGAUUCGGGAAUCUCCGGAAAAUCCGCCCGGCCCGGCUCCGGCAACGAAGAAAAUGGCCCUGGAUCACUUCCUGCACGACAAGGUCUGGCUGGACAAGCACAAAUACGACGACGCCGAGCGCAGGUUCUACGAGCGCCUCAACGGCCCCCGCGGGGGCUCCACCCGUUCCCAGGAGAACGGAGCCAGCACGAUCCUGCGGGACAUCGCCAGAGCCAGGGAGAAUAUCCAGAAAUCCCUGGAAGGGAGCGGCGGCGCCUCCGGAGCCACCGGCGACCAGAACGAGCUCCUGGCCCGGAUUUCCCACCUGGAAGUGGAAAACCAAAACCUCCGCAGCGUGGUCUCCGACCUGCAGAUGGCCAUCUUCAAGCUGGAGAGCCGCCUGAACGCCCUGGAAAAAUCCUCCUCCGGCUCCCACCAGCCCUCGCCCGUCCCUCCCACCCAGAAAGUGGAACCUUUCAGCAUUCCCUCCAAAAAAGUGGAGCUCCCGGCCAAGAAACCGGAGCCGGCGGCUGCCGAGGGGGAGGAUGAGGACGACGACAUCGACCUUUUCGGGAGCGACGACGAACAGGAAGACCGGGAAGCCGCCAAAGUUCGGGAAGAGCGGCUCCGGCAGUACGCGGAAAAGAAGGCCAAGAAACCGGGAAUCAUCGCCAAGUCCUCCAUCCUCCUGGAUGUGAAGCCGUGGGACGACGAGACGGACAUGGCCAAGCUGGAGGAAUGUGUCCGUUCCGUCCACAUGGAUGGGCUGCUCUGGGGAGCUUCCAAGCUCGUCCCGGUGGGAUACGGAAUCCGGAAGCUGCAGAUCCAGUGCGUGGUGGAGGACGAAAAAGUGGGAACGGACAUCCUGGAGGAGGAGAUCACCAAGUUCGAGGAUUACGUGCAGAGCGUGGACAUCGCUGCCUUCAACAAGAUUUAGAUGGAAAACUGGGAUCUUUUUCCCUCCGAAACGGGAAUAAUAAAGCUGAAGGUUGGAAGUGCACA